AUGUAAGUUAAUUACGAAGCAUUCAUCGAUGGUAACAAAUUUAUUUAAUAGUAUAGAGGCUAAAAAUAAAAUGAUGAAAUGGUAGGAAAUAAAUGAAUAAAAUAUGUGGGAAUUAUAUUAAAAUAAGGAAGGAUAUAUAGUAUAUACAAAGAAGAAUCCAGAAAAUGGAAUAAAUAUGAAUAGAUCUUAAACGGAAAUAGCAAGGACCCCUGAUUAGAUUUUCGAUUUGGUUAGUGAUGUAAAUAAAAGGCCUUUGUAUGAUGAGAAAGUGGAAACUGUAAUAUUUAUAUAGAAUGAUAAUAGGCUCAUGUGAUUGAAUAAAUUGAUGCUAAUACUAGAAUUAUAUAUGUGAGAAUUAAACCUCCUAUUCCAUUUAUGAGUAGCAGAGAUCUGGUAAUGGUUUAGAAAGUUUAUAAAUAAAAUGAUGGAAUUUAUAUUGUCUGCUGUACUAAAUUGAUUAUAAAAAUUAGCUAAAUCAAUAAUUCAUUAAAAAACACCUCCAAUCAAUAAAAUUGAAAGAGCAGAAAUGCAUUUAAGUGGUUGGAUUAUAAUUCCAUAACCAAAUUAAAUGACUAAGAUAGUUGCUAUUUAAUGUUUUGAUCCUAGAGGAGAUGUUCCAACAUCAAUUACUAAUUAAUAUGCAAAACUUUAGACAGAUAUGAUGAAAGCCGCAAUCAAAUAUAUUGCACUUAAUUAUAAAUGA